AAAACAUAUAAAACAUUUAAUGAAAACGUUUCACAUUAGUAAUUUAGCCGAACAUUGAUGAAUGUGAUUUCAUUUUAACACAAAAGGUAGGCAUGCAUGGUGAGAGUUUGAGAAUAGUUCAUUAUAAUUAAUGUCUCCGGCUCUCCGUAGAUUCGAGGUCUUGUCGGCUCUGUUUCAUAUUCCGUGAUCUUUAAAGAUCUUACACGAAGGGAUCGCUCUGCGAUUGCCAUCUGACUAGAUCAGUCAUAUCAAGUAAUAAAUCGUUCCAAACUUUUUUGGCGGUGCAGCCAGUUUGGUUAUGCGCAUGUGCGAAGGUGUCCAAACUGACAAUGCUGGAGAGAUAGCGAGUCUGGAUUGAGAAACACAGAGAAAAGGACAGAGAAAAAAGAAAAAGGAGGAAAAGAUCCAAGAAAAAAUCUAACAAACCCACGCCGAAGGACUGGCAUCAUGAGGUCCAAAGGCAGGGCACGGAAACUGGCCACAAGUAAUGGUGAGGACUUUGCCCUUUACCCCUCUGAUGUCCUGGAUGAUGUGUGUGUAUCGGACGGAGACCCUGCGGCACCAACCUCGGCCCCCCCAGCAGAGGACUCCCCCUCCCCUGGCUUCUCCGCUGACGAUGACGCCUCUCCCCUGGAGCCGUCCCCCUUCCACUCUGCCCUCUACAUGCCCCAGGACGAGAUGCCCGUUCCCCCCGACUUCCAGCUGCGCCAGUCGGGCAUCCCCGGUGUCGGCGGCGGCCUGGGCAUCUGGGCACGGAGGACGGUGGACGUGGGCGAGCGCUUAGGACCGUACGUGGGUGAGCAGCGGGCGUGCCUGAGAGACCCCACCCAAGGCUGGGAGAUCUUGGACGGGUCGGGCCAUGUAAAGUUCUGUGUGGAUGCCAGCGAGCCUGAUAUCGGGAGCUGGCUGAAGCACAUCCAGUUUUCCCCCACGGCCCACCAGCACAACCUGACGCCGUGCCAGAUAGAUGAUCAGAUCUUCUACAGAGUGACUCGAGAGAUCAAACCAGGAGAGGAGCUGCUUCUGUACAUGAAGGCAGAGGAUUAUUCAUGUGACGGCAUGGCUCCUGAUAUGCACGAGGAGAGACAGUAUCGCUGUGAGGAUUGUGAUCAGCUCUUUGAGUCUGUCUCUGAGCUGCUGGACCACCAGAAGGUUCCAUGUGGGACACCCACCUCAGCCUUCCUGGGGAACCCUGGAGGGGACAGUAGUGACCUGGAGGGCCCCGAAGGCCUGGAGCCCCACGACCUGCACCUGUCCCACAGCCUCAGCCACGACGGCCACGACCACGACGGCCCCCAGGAGUGUAAGGAGUGUGAUCAGGUGUUCCCCGACCUCCAGAGUCUGGAAGCUCACUCUCUGUCUCACUCGGAGGAGAGGGAAUACAAGUGUGACCAGUGCCCCAAGGCCUUCAACUGGAAAUCCAACCUGAUUCGUCAUCAGAUGUCACAUGACAGUGGCAAGCACUACGAAUGUGAAAACUGCACAAAGGUACAGUCAUGUACCUGCUCAAAGCAGGUGUUCACAGACCCCAGUAACCUGCAGAGGCACAUCCGCUCGCAGCACGUGGGGGCGCGGGCUCACGCCUGUCCCGAUUGCGGGAAGACCUUUGCAACGUCCUCUGGCCUGAAGCAGCACAAGCACAUCCACAGCAGUGUCAAGCCCUUCAUAUGUAAGUCACUCAGACCCUUCAUAUGUGAGGUGUGCCACAAGUCCUACACGCAGUUCUCCAACCUGUGCCGCCACAAGCGCAUGCACGCCGACUGCCGUACCCAGAUCAAGUGUAAGGACUGUGGCCAGAUGUUCAGCACCACCUCCUCCCUCAACAAGCACCGGCGCUUCUGUGAGGGCAAGAACCAUUUCACGGCAGGGGGGUUGUUCGCCCAUGCCCAGGGCAUGUCCCUCCCCGGUGUCCCUGGUGCCAUGGACAAGGCCGCUAUGGGCGGGAUGGGGCACAGCAGUGCCAGCCUGGCAGACUACUUUGGGAACCGGCACCACAGUGGCCUGACGUUUCCGUCCGCCCCUGGCUUCCCCUUCAGCUUCCCGGGCCUGUUCUCUUCUGGACUGUACCACCGACCCCCCCUCAUCCCGGCCACCUCCCCAGUCAGACGGCCCCCAGGUCCAGGUACGGAGCACAGCAAGGGCCCCCUCCUGUCGCCCAGCCCCAGGGCCCAGGAGGCCAGAGAGCUGCUCAAGACCCUCCGCAAGGAGGCAUCGCCCGGCAAUGAGCAGCCACAGGGGACAGAGCAGCAACAGGCCCAGGGCUCCUCCUCCAAGCAGAGGCACGGCGGCGGCAAGAUGAGCAGCCAAUCAGAGAGCAGCGACCUGGAUGACGUGAGCACGCCCAGUGGGAGCGACCUGGAUACCACGUCAGGCUCGGAGCUGGAGAGCGACAUGGAGAGCGAAGGCCAGCGGGAGAGGGCACCCCGGGAGAAUGGGAAGGGGCCCAAGAGGAAGGCCGGCGGAGGCCCCCAGAGCCCCACCAUCCUGACCAGUAACCAUACUAAGGAGUUCCAAGGCGGCCCCGCCUUGUUCCCUCCCUCGCUGGACGAGCACACGGCUGUCUCAGGGGCAGUCAAUGACUCCAUCAAAGCCAUCGCCUCCAUCGCUGAGAGGUACUUUGGCUCCACGGGGCUGGCGGGGCUGCAGGACAAGAAGGUAGGCGCGCUGCCCUACCCCUCCAUGUUCCCCCUGCCCUUCUUCCCAACCUUCUCCCCGCCCGUCUACCCCUUCCCAGAGAGAGAGCUCAGACCUCCAGGCCUAAAGGGGGAGCCCCAGUCCCCACCUGACGAACCCUCCAAGAAAGGCCAGAGCAGGACCUCUGAGUCGCCCUUUGACCUUACCACCAAGCGCAAGCAGGAGGAGAAGGUCCCCGCCCCCUUUGCCCCCAUCUCCAAUUCCAAACCAGAGGCCUCCUCACGUUCCACCAAUCAGGACCAGCCGCUGGAUUUGAGCAUGGGCGGCACAAGGCACCGCAGCAGUAGCCGGACCUCCCGGAGGGAGGAGUCGAAGAAGAUCCACGUGUUUGGAGAAGACAAGGCAGGGGUGGACCUUCCUAAAGCCGACACCUCUCUGCAGCACGCUAGGCCCACCCCCUUCUUCAUGGACCCCAUCUACAGCAGGGUUGAGAAGAGGAAGAUGAACGAUCCGUUUGAGGCUCUGAAAGACAAGUACAUGCGGCCCGCCCCCGGCUUCCUCUUCCAUCCACAGUUUCGUAUGCCAGAUCAGAGAUCCUGGAUGUCGGCCAUUGAGAACAUGGCGGAGAAGCUGGAGACGUUUGGUUCGCUUAACCCCGAGUCAGGUGACCUGAUGCGCUCCGUCCCCUCCAUGUUUGACUUCCGAGCCCCGCCCACUGCCCUCCCCGAGACGCUACUGCGCAAGGGCAAGGAGCGCUACACCUGCAGAUACUGCGGUAAACUAUUCCCACGGUCUGCCAACCUGACCCGCCACUUAAGGACACACACGGGAGAGCAACCGUACAGGUGUAAGUACUGCGACCGCUCGUUCAGCAUCUCCUCCAACCUGCAGCGCCACAUCCGCAACAUCCACAACAAGGAGAAGCCCUUCAAGUGUCACCUGUGUGACCGCUGCUUCGGCCAGCAGACCAACCUGGACCGUCACCUCAAGAAGCACGAGAACGGUAACCUCUCAGGCACGGCUGCGUCCUCCCCUCGGUCAGAGCUGGACAGCAGCAGCGCCAUCCUGGACGACAAAGAGGACUCCUACUUCAACGAAAUACGAAACUUUAUCGGCAACACAGGCCAGAACCAGCCGUCCCCUGACCAUUCUGAGGAAGGGUUGAACGGGGGUCCUUUCGAGGAGGAGAAGCCCCUGAUGGCCAGCCACGGGUCACGUGACCUGGAUGAGGGGGAGGGGGAGGGGGAGGAGCUUGGCGCCGAGGAGGAGGAAGGGGAGCAGAGCGACUCCGCUGCUGGGAAACCUAGAGACGAAGCUCCCCCCAGCAACCUAGAUGAUGACAUCAUACACAACGAAAUAGAAUUUGACGGACCUAGCGAUUUGGACCUCAACUGCAAGACCUCCCCAAGGAGGGAUUCGGUUGUCUCCCUCCUCUCCAGCUAUGAGGAGGAAGAGGAUCAGAGUAGCUACUCUGCGCUGGAUCACAUCCGUCACUUCUCUGACAUGCAUAAGAUGGAAGACAGUGAGUUCAGUGACGGGGACGGCACCGCCUUCGGCUCCCCCAGCCUGCCUGAGGCCGUCAAACAGCCCUUGUACAGGAAAUCCAAGUCCCAGGCGUACGCCAUGAUGCUGUCUCUGGCUGAUAAGGACGCGCUCCACCCAGCCAACCACACACCAGCCACCAUGUGGCACAGCCUGGCACGGGCCGCUGCUGAGUCCAGUGCCAUCCAGUCCCUCAGCCAUGUAUGAUACCCCGAUCCCUGACCUCUAACCCCCCCGACCCCGACCUAUCGCACUGGGAGCCCUUGGGGGCCGUCAGCGGGGCCCCUAGCCCUUGGCCCGUCACAGACUGCCGAGCAGAACCACGGCCCAUCUGACUGCUGAGCAGAUUGCCUUACACACGAGCAGGGUCACCGUCCACAGAGAACCACCCAGCCCAGCCCUCCAAGAGAUCCAACAAACAUCCCUCCUGUGACCUUAAAUUGAGUCAUUAUGUUUAUUAUCGACGACAAUGAUGAUGAUAGUGAUUAUUGAUUAUGGUGAUGAAAAUAAAAAUGAUAAAUAAUAAUAGCUGUAUUUAUUCUGGUGAGUUUCUAUGUUUUGCACAGCAGCGGCGGCUGGUAGGAGGGAUGAUGGAGAUGGUUUUGUUAGAUGUUACAUUGCUAGAGUAUGUCAUGUGUCCACUCAGUGGAACAGUGUCACAUAUCCACUCAACGUCAUGUGUCCACUCAGUGGAACAGUGUCACGUGUCCACUCAAUGUCAUGUGUCCACUCAGUGGAACAGUGUCACGUGUCCACUCAAUGUCAUGUGUCCACUCAGUGGAACAGUGUCACGUGUCCACUCAACGUCAUGUGUCCACUCAGUGGAACAGUGUCACGUGUCCACUCAAUGUCAUGUGUCCACUCAGUGGAACAGUGUCACGUGUCCACUCAAUGUCAUGUGUCCACUCAGCUGAGAACAUUCUUCCUCUGUGUGAUGUCAUUUGUAUUUGAAGAACCCAUUCGGGACCGCGGUCCAACCACGGUUUGAUAUGUGUACAGAGUACAGACCCUACCUAGCCCCACAUCGCCCUACCUAGCCCCACAUCGCCCUACCUAGCCCCACAUCACCCUACCCAGCCCCACAUCGCCCUACCUAGCCCCACAUCGCCCUACCCAGCCCCACAUCGCCCUACCCAGCCCCACAUCACCCUACCUAGCCCCACAUCGCCCUACCCAGCCCCACAUCGCCCUACCCAGCCCCACAUCGCCCUACCCAGCCCCACAUCACCCUACCCAGCCCCACAUCGCCCUACCUAGCCCCACAUCGCCCUACCUAGCCCCACAUCACCCUACCCAGCCCCACAUCGCCCUACCUAGCCCCACAUCGCCCUACCCAGCCCCACAUCGCACUACCCAGCCCCACAUCGCCCUACCUAGCCCCACAUCACCCUACCCAGCCCCACAUCGCCCUACCUAGCCCCACAUCGCCCUACCUAGCCCCACAUCGCCCUACCCAGCCCCACAUCGCCCUACCUAGCCCCACAUCGCCCUACCCAGCCCCACAUCGCCCUACCCAGCCCCACAUCGCCCUACCUAGCCCCACAUCGCCCUACCCAGCCCCACAUCGCCCUGCCUAGCCCCACAUCGCCCUACCUAGCCCCACAUCGCCCUGCCUAGCCCCACAUCGCCCUACCUAGCCCCACAUCGCCCUACCCAGCCCCACAUCGCCCUACCCAGCCCCACAUCGCCCUACCUAGCCCCACAUCGCCCUGCCUAGCCCCACAUCGCCCUACCUAGCCCCACAUCGCCCUACCCAGCCCCACAUCGCCCUACCUAGCCCCACAUCGCCCUACCUAGCCCCACAUCACCCUACCUAGCCCCACAUCGCCCUACCUAUUCUUACCAGGCCACACCUAACCACCCCAGCUCCAUCUAGAACCACAUAAUCCUAACUAGACCUACCAUGCCACAAUACAGCCACCUAGCCCCACAUUGCCCAACCUAGACCUAUACCUGGCCACACCUAGCCUUCAGACCAUCUCAGCUGAAUUGGAGUAUCAGUGAAAUAUGUUACGAGAAUGAUUCCCUUUAACCCCUGGAUAUAAACAGGUGUUUUCCAUCAACAUGUACUUAUAUAAAUGCUAGGAUACUUGGAAGGGUGGUGCUGAGUAACAACUCGGGUCCAAAUGAACCACACCUCUCCAAGAACGAUGGUGCUACAAACGCAUUACGACAAGGUUGUUGAUAAACGAAGAACAAAAGAAAAAGAAACAUUGGAAACGGAGAAAAAUCGGACUGGUUUUACCACCUAAGAAGGAGUUUGCAUAGCUGCGUGUGUCUGCACAAUCACAGAACUGUACACGAGCGUCUGCAAACUGCGGCUCUGAAGCUGCACUCGGUCCCACCCUGCUGCGCUCUCUGUGAAAGGAUCUAAGUAGUUUGUCGUUUUAGCGGAAGAAAAGAAGAAACCACAAUCUUUUUUUUACUAUGAAAAAGUAGCAAGUGCUGAAGUUUAUCGUUAUUAAACAGUAAAAAGGGCAUCUCUCCCCCUUUCUCGAAACCCCAAAUUCAUCGUAGUCGGCCAACGAUACCACUAAUUAGCCUAAAUGCUAGUCGUUAGCUACCCCCAUCCUCGUGUCUUUCAUUUUUUAGACAAUCAUGUUUUUUUGUUGGUUUUUUUUCCUACAUUUUUAUUGUUGUUGUUGAUGUUAUUGCUGUUGUAUGUUGAGAAUUGUAUUUAUUUCUUGGCAAACUGUAGUUUGUUUACUGAAUAGCACUGCUCUUACCCAUAGUGAAGGGGAGAUUCCUCGCUGGGGCCUACUCCAGAACUCAAUGGGGUUUGUAGAUGACGUUUGAGUGCCGGAUAGUAUUAAACAUACCAUUCACUCUUUAUUCUUCUAAUGAAACUGGUUGAUGAUGAAUAGAUAUUACUUUGGGGGUUUUUUGUACGACAAUUUAUUGAUUCAAUUGUAAAUGGAAAAAACAAACAUUAUAAAGACAUGAACAAAUAAAAAGAUGCCAGGUAUAAUUUCUUCAUAAUCGCAUGAUUGGUCUCCAUAGAUCUGUAUCUGACAGUUUUCUACGGUGGUCUGCAAGCUUGUGUGACGUUCAGUCCAUGUUAAUCCCUUGUGCCAAACCUAUAAUAAAUAACAGAUUAUAUUCAUUUAUCCUCCCAUUCUGAGGGACCAGAUUGUUUGUUUUUUGUCGUUGUUGUUUUUGUUUUUGUUUAUAAUCCGUUUAAAAAAGUAAUCAGCAAGUUGAGGUACUUUGUUUUAAUGCUUUCUACAAUGUAACUGUAAUCCAUUUCAAUUCAAUACUGUGGGAGGAGCAACUAAAAAAUAAAGGACUACAAUGUGGA